AUGGAUGAAAGACCAGACUAUAGAGGUAUCCUAGAAGUAGAAGUUGACGCUGACAACAAUAUUAAUACUGAUCUUCCCACGUGGAUGAGGGAUGCUAUAGAUAGAGCUCUUGGGGAAACUGGAAUCAGAAUCGGAGGUGGGAAGAAACUGGCAUCUGAAGAAGUCAUAGAAAAUUUACAGGAACUUAGAUUGGAAGGCUUGGAAUCUGAUAACUUGGACUGCCCCAUUUGCUUUGAUAAGUAUAUAGAAAGUAAGAGGGCCGGUGAUUCGAAGAAGGAUAGCCCUACCGAUGCUCAAGACGGACACUCUGGCGUUGGCGUAUUUAAUGAUCCUGCACUUUACUUUCCUGUAGUAGAGUCUGCUUCUAUAUAUACCAGGUACCCGCCAAAGUGUCUAGAGACACAGGUAGAGCCUACAAAGGAAGAGAUUUAUCCAGAUAUCAACAAGUCCGAGAGAAAUAAGACCAAAAAGAGUCCAACGGAUGAAAAGAUCAUCCAUUCUCCAGUGAAAAUGCCAGGGUGCAAUCAUAUAUUUGGGAAAACAUGCAUAAUAGAAUGGUUAAAGAACAAUGUCAGCUGUCCUUUAUGCCGUAAGGAAGUAGCAGCGGAAUCUCGAGAUCCUAAGGUGAUUAAGAUGAAAGAAGUCAGACAGCAAAGUUCAUUUCAAUAUGCGGAUGACGUAGAAUUAGAAGCAAAGCACAUCGCUGAAAGACUGACGGAUAUAUUCCACCCUUUCAAAAGACCAUACAACUCAAAUGUCACACCAUUGACAGACAGAUAUAUCCCACAAGAAUGGAGUAGACCUCAGCAUUCCUGGGAGCAAGAGCGCGCAGACGGAAUUGACCUCAAUGUACCAGAUCCUUCUUUAGUUCUCUUGAGAAAGUAUCCGCUUGGUGGUAUGAGUGAGUUACCAAGACGUUCAUUGUCAACAACUAAUAUGAACAAUGGCGCGGCAGGUGAUGACUUAUUCGACCUCUUCCUCAACCGAGAAACCAGUGCAGCAAGAGACGAAGUCAACGAUUUAAGAGAACCGUUACUCUCUAGACCUUUACAAUCUAUAUUAAGAGGGCGCGGUGGGCCUGAAAGAUCCAACAGAGGCUCAUCUAGGGGUCAUCCAUACUCCAGACCGGAUGAACCUUGA